AUGUACGUUUUUCCCUUUCCCACCUCUCUCCCCCUCCCCCUCUCUCUCUCUCUCUCUCUCUCUCUCUCUCUCUCUCUCUCCUCUUUCCAUCUUUCUGUUUUGCUAUUAUUUCUCGCCAUAUCUUUCUUUCAUUCAUCCUGUUAUAUCAUUGUUAUUUUUUAUUCUUCUCUCCUUUUUUGUUCUCUAUCUUUCUCAUUAUUAUCUACUUCUUUAUGUCUAUUUCUGAUUGUAUCAUCCGUUACCACUCUCUCAUGCUCGUGUCGCCUUGCUUGGGGUGAAUUGAUUAAAAAAAAAUCUCUUCUUUCUCCUCCUUUUCACUUUCACUUCACCCACUUUUUCUUCCUUUUCUCUCUCUUUUCUUUCUUACUUAUUUUCUUCCCUAAACUUUCUCUUUCACUCGUUUUCUUUCUUCUCUCUGUUUUCUUUCACUUUUUAUUUCUCCCCACCUUUUUUUCAUCGUCUCUUAAUUUGUCUUUCUUCCAUUUGUUUUUUCUCCUCUCGGACAUUCUAUUUCUCUUGAUUCUUCUUCUUCCCUCCCUUCUUAUUAUUCUUCUUUCUUCUCAUUUUCAUUCUCCCUGUCUUCUUUUUCACCUUCUGUCUCUGCUCUCUCUCUCUCUCUCUCUCUCUCUCUCUCUCUUCAUUUUACUACAUUUUUAA